AUAUGGAUCCUGACUAGUUAUCUAUUGUCUCUGAUCCUGACACUGAUACUAAACUGACACGGAACUGAUGCUAAUGUUUUUCUAAUAAACUAAUAAACCUUAAAAGAACACGGCAUUUCUGUUGAAGUUUGUUCGAUGUUCACGGAAAAUGUUCAUGUUGGUAGCUGGUGGGAUGUUUACAAAAUAUAAUAUUAAACUUGCACAGGUAUAAUGAAUAAUAUGGAAUAUGUUUAAUUAAUAAUUAAUAGUAAAAUGUCCAGAAUAACUGAAAAUGAUUUGUAUGGCACAAAUUUUUCAAUAGAAUCUAUGAAAGUAAUUGCUGAGAGUAUUGGCAUAGCAAAUUUAGCAGACGAUGCUGCAAAAGAAUUAGCAGAAGAUAUUUCAUUCCGAGUAAAACAUAUUAUUCAAGAUGCAGCAAAAUUUAUGAACCAUGCGAAACGAACCAAAUUAUUACAAAGUGAUAUAGAUGCGGCGUUAAAAGUUAAGAAUAUUGAGCCACAAUAUGGUUUUCAAUCAGCAGAGCCACUUCCUUUUCGUUUUGCUACUGGAGGUGGUCGAGAAUUACAUUUCAUCGAGGAAAAAGAAGUGGAUUUAAAUGAUCUACUACAAAACUUGACCCCCAAAGCACCUUUAGAGUGCACACUACGAUCUCAUUGGUUGUUUAUAGAUGGGGUUCAACCAACCAUCCCAGAAAAUCCACCACCAGUUUCAAAAACUACACAAAAGUUGGAAUCUGUUGAUCCUGUUAAUAAAAAACCAGCAAAGGAAACUGCUGGUAAACCCACAACUGGAAAACAAAAGCUAAGGAAUGUGGAAACUGUUCAAAUUAAACAGUUAGCCACACAUGAGUUAUCUGUGGAACAACAAUUAUAUUAUAAAGAAAUAACCGAGGCCUGCGUUGGAUCUGAUGAAGCUAGGAGAGCAGAAGCUCUACAAAGUCUCUCUUCUGAUCCGGGACUUCACGAAAUGCUUCCUAGAAUGUGUACAUUUAUAAUCGAAGGGGUUAGAGUAAAUGUAGUGCAAAAUAACUUGGCCAUUUUAAUUUAUCUCAUGCGCAUGGUAAAAGCUCUACUUGACAAUCAAUCUUUGUAUUUGGAAAAAUAUUUGCAUGAAUUAAUACCUUCAGUGACAACAUGCAUAGUAUCGAAGCAGUUCUGUAAUAGACCAGAUCAGGACAACCACUGGGCUCUGAGAGACUUUGCUUCCAGGUUAAUGGCGCAAAUAUGUAAAAAUUUCAACACCAGUACGAACAACAUUCAGACCAGAGUGACAAGAAUGUUCUGUAAUGCUUUGCAACAGGGAGAGAAAGUUCCACUCUCCUCUCUAUACGGUGCACUCCAAGGCCUAUCUGAAUUGGGCGCAGACGUUGUACGAAUAUUUAUUUUACCGAAAAUAAAACUUAUUGGUGCUCGAAUAGAAACUCACCUAGAAGGCACCCUUAUUUCAAAUGUCGAUAAAACUGCUUCGGGCCAUAUAAAGCAGUUACUGAUAAAGGUUUUGGCUCCUGUAUUGAAAAGUAUUCGAGAUCCGCCUGACAACAUCGAAGAGUAUAAACAAGAGUAUGGCUAUUUGGGUGUAGCGUUAUACAAUGCCGUGGUUAAAGCACGAACUCAGCCAAACCCUGUAACUACAGUACCGACAAAUAUAAGCAGUAGUCCUAUCACCAGCAGUUCCUCGAUUACAAGAACAGUUACAACUCCAACAGGGAUAAUUCAACAGAAUUCAAAUACAGGCAGGACUAUAGUGAUGAACCCCCCUACUAGAGUACCAACGCAACAGAGUAAUCAGAAGUUUGUUUUCGUAACUCAACGCCCUCAAACGCCAAUCGGCACUUCACAUCAGAAUCAAUCAAACACUUCCACGCAACAAAAUACAGUUGUUAAAUUGGUCUCAAACACUACCAGUCAGACACAGCAAAAGUUAGCGGCUCAGCAGAAAUUAGUUGUCGUGUCGAACCCGAUGUCGCAAACAAAUUUUUCAUCGCAAAGUUCGGGUUUGAUGAGUCCAAGCAGUCAACCCCCUGCCAUGCUGAUUUCUAAGCCAAACUUUACCAUUCAACAACAGCAGCAGCAGCAGCAGCAACAGCAACACAUGCAACCCCCGUCAGUGGACGAUCUCUCACAUUUAGCAUAGAUAAGUUUUUGGAAUAAACUAAGGUAAAAAACUUAUGUUUAGUUGCCCUUGUCCAAAGUUGUACUUUAAAUUGUAUUUUAUAUAUCUUAAAUUCUUUUUAAUCGAGUUUUUUACACCAAACAGGCAUCGAGGUUGUUAAAAAUUACGAAAAAAAUUUUUAGAGUAA